AUGGUGUCAACGGGGACUGGAUGGGCUCAGUUGCGACAGCAGGCUCGGUCACUUGAGACUCAGACAGAAUCUUUAUUCCACACAUAUGCGCAAUAUGCCUCCAUGACCCAGCUGUCAAUAACCCCUUCAGACGAGGAACGGAAAGCCGAAGCACAAAUCAACGAUAUUCUAGAACGGCGCGAAGCCCUCAUAUCCCAACUAGCCCGCCUCCUCGAUUCCGAAUCAGCCCUUACCUCCUCCGCUCUAAAACAGAACAACCUCUCCCGCCACCGUGAGAUCCUCCGCGACCACCAACAUGAACUCAAGCGCCUAAACUCCGCCAUCGCUGAAACCCGUGACCGCGCCAACCUACUCUCCAACGUUCGGUCAGACAUCGAUGCAUACCGCUCCUCAAACCAGAACAAUGCCGAAGCCGAGUACAUGUUAGAGGAGAGAGGGCGUCUCGAUAACAGCCACAAUAUGAUGGAUAGUGUGCUGAGCCAGGCGUAUGCAGUGAAUGAGAAUUUUGGUCUGCAGAGGGAGUCACUGGCCAGGAUAAAUCGAAGGAUUGUGGGUGCCGCGAGCCAGGUUCCCGGGAUGAAUUCGUUGAUACAUAAGAUUGGCGCGAAGAGAAGGAGGGAUGGGAUUGUUCUGGGUGCAUUUAUUGGGAUUUGUUUCUUGUUGGUGUUAUAUUUCAGGUGA